UAAAGUGAAGUCUUCAUACAUUUUCCAAAAUGGCAUUGACGCUAAGGCCGGUGAUUGGCCGUGGCACGCCGAUAUUUUCUAUCUCAACGCCGAAAGAACGGAUUACGCUUGCGCUGGUUCAAUCCUGGACGAGAAUACUAUUCUCACAGCAUCUCAUUGCAUGUAUACUCUGAGCGGUAUGAUCUCUCCGACUCGUGUGUCAGUACACGUGGGACGGAUCCGUCUUCACGAGGCAAGCGAAUACACACAAAUUCACGGUGUGCGGAACAUAAUACUUCAUCCAUGGUUUAGUAGCUACAGCUACCGUAAUGACAUUGCUCUGAUCAAGCUGAGCUCUAACAUAACGAUGACAAAGUACGUACAGCCCAUCUGUCUGUGGACCAUGGACAGCAAGCUGGAUACGAUUAUAGACGGCACUGGAUUUGUCGCUGGAUUUGGUCUGAACGAGCAGGACGUUGUAUCGGACCAGCUAAAACAAGCUACGAUUAAAGUGGUGGAUCCGUUCACCUGUGUAGAAAGUGAUCGCCCAGCAUAUAGCCCCCACGUAACAUUCAAUAUGUUUUGUGGAAAAGGAAAUCCAGUUGCGAGUGCGUGCUACGGAGAUAGAGGCGGCGGUUUGUUCUUGGAAGUUGGGGGCAAAUGGUUCGUAAGGGGCUUGCAUUCGUUUACCCCAAUGCGUGGAAAUACCGGACUGUGCGACCCACAGAAGCCCACCGCAUAUACCGACGUGGCCAAGUAUCUGGACUGGAUUUCGCAGUACAUUGACCAACGAGUGCUGCACUACGAGAUGGAUAUAGACCUUGCAGAAAGGCUUAGAUUGUUCAACUUCCAAACGUGCGGUGUGAAAUGAUCUGCUUUUGUAAAGGGUGGUCUGAGAUGGACACUGCCUUGGGUCGGAUUUGUCAGAGCACCGAAUGAAUUCAAAUCCAGAUGUGUUGUCACACUCAUAAGCGAAUGGUAUGCAGUUGGACCUGCACCUUGUUUCCAGUACGACGGCGUCGAACUUUUCGUUGUGUUAGGUAGCAACAACGAACACUCGAAAUCAGAAUGUUACGAUCGCAAUCGGGCUAUUACAUGCACGCAAGCAUCACAAAUAAGAAAAAUUCAGCGAGAGAUCCUACACCCAAAGAUUAAUCGUAGGAAUUUUGCGGAAAGUAUCUCGCUGAUCGAAUUGCAGAGCCCGGCCGACACCAGCCAGCCGAACGUGAGCCCUAUCUGCCUGCCUGUGACGCCCGAGCUUAAAACGAACGCAAAGACAAACCUACACUUGGCGGCCAGUUCAAGGACAGAUAAUUCUUUCAAAACUUUUCCCGUCCGCUAUGUGGAGUCGGACGAAUGUACGAGACAGUACGCCGAACGUAAGGUUUUGCUCGAUCUCGAAGAUAAUAAAUUUUGUGCAGAACUUGCAAACAAGCAGGAUGAGCAGUAUUGCAUUGCACUGAUACAGGGAGCGCCACUCCAGGAAAAGAAGCUGUUCAAUGGUACGGAGCGGUACUUUCUGCGGGGACUCGAGUUGCGAGGAUUUGGUUGUUUUUCACAGCCAUCGCCUGUUUAUAACAAUAUCGAAAGCCAUCUCGACUGGAUACUGUACAGCAUGAGGCACAACGAACCGAUAGAGAUCGCUGAAGAGGAAAGUAAGCCAGAAAACGGAAUGUUACAAUCAAAAUGGACAAGACUGCAGCAGGAGCCAGGGAAUGAAAAGCUUCAGCUCUUCAAUAUGAGCUCGUGUGGUAUACCGCACAUCCCAAAUGCUGAAAACAGUUCCGUGUUCGUCAAUCCCUGGAUGGUGACAGUACUUGGCUUGGAGUAUAGCAUGAAUGAGGACAUGCAAAUACAAAUCAAUAAUGUUGGUGUACUGAUAAGCGAAUGGUACUUUCUGAUAAAUGCCCAUUUAGUGUCACAGAAAGCAUGGGGGUAAGUACGGCUUUGUUUUAAAAAACAUGGAAAUUACUCGUUCAUAAUUAUCUUACGUUUUUCCAUUUUAGGAGAGAAGUUUAUUUGGGUCUAUACUAUCUUGCCCUACAAAGCGAAUGCGUCGGUGACUCUUGCAAACGUCCUGUUAGGGUUAGCAUACAGAGCAUUACGAUUCAUCCUAACUAUGCUCAAGACCCGCUUAAUCAUAAUAUCGCUCUGGUCGAACUUGCCGAGCCGGCAAACCUUCACAAUCCAGACAUAAGACCUAUUUGCAUGCCAUUCUUCAAAGAACUGCAAAACAAAAAACCGCUUGAGCUGAUUGUUUCAUAUACAAAUAAUGUAGAAGGCGUAACCAGCAAAAACCUACCAGCACUCAACCCGUUCACUUGCCAACGGAAAUUGGAACAGAGAGGAAUCUUUACGUCGACGAAAACCGUGCCCUGGUGUGUAAUCGAUGAGGACAGGGAGGGACAAUCGCAGCUACUAAAUGGAGGGGCAACACUGCAAGGUUUAAUGAAGUUCGAUCAGUAUGUUAGAUAUUUUUUGAGAGGGAUUAAUUUGCCCAACAAUAUACGGUACGAGCUACCUGAACACCUGCAACUGUUCACCAAUGUCGAUCGAUUUCUCGACUGGAUUGUGGACAACAUGAAGUUUAAGGAGUAUAAAGCAUCACCGAACACCGAACUCUUCAAAGUUACAGAAAAACGUAUCAAUUUGCCACCAAUACAGGCCGCUUCCCACAGGAGAUUGUUCAAUUUCAGCAAUUGUGGAAUCAUGCCACUCAAGAAUGAGUCGUCCAGUAGUUAUCCAAUUAUCCCGUGGAUGGGGUAUUUAACAUCAAAUAUAACCCCCAACAUGCCUAGCAAAUGUGCAGUUACGCUAAUCAGUGAAUGGUACGCCGUGGGCUUGACAGGUUGUUUUAGUGGCGAUAGCCUACAAUACUCGAUCCUGUUUGGUGUCAAUAGCGUCACAACCCAUACAGACUGCAUUGAUGUAGCGACUGGAUGUGGUGCCCCUACACAACGGAUACCAGUGCGCAAGGUCGUCAUCCAUCCACAGUACGAUAGAAUUGACCAUAGGAACGACAUUGCGUUGAUUCAGUUUGCAAGAGCGGCGGAUACAUCUCAACCAAACGUCAAACCAAUCUGCCUUCCAGUGUUGGAUGAAGUACGUAGCUUUGAUAUAUCCAGCUUAGUGCAAGUCAGGCAAAAUAUAGACGACACUAAGUUCGAAUUAUCUAAAGCAGGUAAUAGACACGUCGAAUCGACCGAGUGUCAAAAGCGUUGGGAUAGUUUGGCAGUCAAACUUCCCAUCGAAAACAGAAAGAUGUGUUUUUUGUUUGAAAUAGCACCCAACAAUGAGUGUUUCGAUCUACUGAUCGGAUCGUCGCUGCAGACAAUUCAAGUAGUCGGUUCGAAAGAAAGACAUUUUCUACGCGGUAUCCUUGCGAUCAAGCCGAAUUUAUGUACACUAUACUUUCCGCUAUUAUAUACCGAAACAGAUAAUCAUUUGAAUUGGAUAUUGAAUAAUAUGGAAGAACAGAAAAAAGUUUCCAAUCCAUUUGGAUUGCCAUACGAUUUGAGGGAAAAACUAAUUUUCUAUUGAAUACGUUAUCAAUUUUAAGACAAAUAGUCUGAAAACAAUUGUUAAAGUAAACAACUUUUUAUUAUAAUGUAUGAUAAGCAAUUAAAGCAUCGAAGAUGAAACACAUCACACACUUAUGAAUCAGAAAAAAAGGAAAUUUUAACCGGGAAUGGCAACAAACCUAAUAAAAUCGAGAAUAUCGUAUAUCCCAUUAACGAACCUUUGGAAGAGAGCAAGCGUAAUAUUAAUAUUAGAGUUAAUGAAUAAGGAACUGUUUAGUAAU